AAAAUUAAUUUCGUUUUAUUGUUUCAGUGAUAAAAUUAACAUAUUUAUUAAAAACAAAAUGACUAAAAAAAACACAGCUGCAGAAUGAAGCAACAAAAAAAUUAUUAUUACUCAAAAAAAGAUAGUUCAACUAUACAAAGAGAUCAGGCAAAUGCAAGAGAAAGGGCAAGAAUGAGAAUUUUAUCUUCAGCUUUUACUGAAUUGAAAUCUAAACUACCAAAUAUACCUCCAGAUACAAAAUUGUCGAAACUAGAUACCUUACGUCUAGCUGUAAACUACAUUAAGUUGUUAAAAGUAUUGGUCAGUGGAACAAAUGAACUCGACAAUCCUAUAAUUUUUUUCCCACAAAAACAUAAUGGGUUUAUAUAA